AUGUACAAUCAACAACUACAACAACAACAUCAACAAUGGGAUGGUGUACAACAUCAUCAAAUGGAUACACAGAUACAACAACAUCAAUGGGAUACACAACCACAACAACAACAACAACAAUAUAUAGGACCAGGAGGCGGUGGACCAGGAGGUAGUGGACCAGGAUAUAUCGAUAAUCAAUACCAACAACAAUACUAUCAACAACAACAACAACAACAACAACAACAACAACAACAACAACAACAACAACAACAACAACAACAACAACAAACAAUGAUGUAUCAACAACAACAACUACUACAACAACAACAACAACAAAUGAUUGAUGAUCAGACAUUGACAUAUCAACUCAAUGAGAUCCUGACGUCGAUAAUCGAUACGAAUGAAUAUAUAAAGAAUGCAAAGGAUUGGAUAUUGUUGAAUGAAUCACGUGCUGCUAUGAUAGUGGAGUUGAUAACGAUGCGAAUGGCAUUGAACAUGGACACGAACAACAUUGCAAAGAACCGAGCGAUCUUCUUCCUAAUCAGUGAUGUCUUGCACUUUAGCUCGAUGAACAAGCUAUUCAAAGCUGGCAAUGACCUCUACAUGCUACUAUUCUUUCAACGAAUGGACACAAUACUGCGGUUCUAUUACAAGUUGGAUCAGAAACAAAAGGAUGAGAUAAAAGAGAUUUAUGGUCACAAAGAUUGA